AGCCAAGCCCCCCCAGCUUCCAAUGUCUCCCGUCGGAGCCGAUAAACAUAUCCCGGCGAAAUUGGUCGUCGAUAGCAAACCAGUUUUCGAGCCGAGGCCAGCCAUGGAGCUUCAAGGCCUUGCUCCUCGAGGGGUCCAAAACACUGGACCGUCUCCGACCCUCAGUGAACUCUUCUGGCGAGUGGAGAACGCCCAAGACGAAGCCACCCGCAUUGAGACUCCCCGGCACCAGUCGCUCGACAUUAACGACACCGGUGUUGACUCCAGAUAUCUUCCUUUUAUUCUUUCCUUCAAUAAUCUGACAUACAGCGUGAAGACUCGCCGUAAGAUUUCGUUUCCUGCGUGUUUUGGCCGGGCCAAGAGUCUCGGAGCAGCGGCGGGUCCAAUCCAUAACGACCCUAGGGUUUUAAAUUCAAAUACCAAGGUUCUCUUGAAUGAUAUCUGCGGCUAUGCCAGAGAAGGAGAAAUACUUGCCGUUCUGGGUGCCAGUGGAUCGGGGAAAUCAACUCUUAUUGAUGCUCUAGCCAGUCGUAUUGCCAAGGGGAGCUUGAGGGGAUGUAUAACCUUGAAUGGCGAAGUUAUACCGUCUCGACUUCGUAAAGUGAUAUCUGCGUACGUCAUGCAAGAUGAUCUGCUCUUCCCAAUGUUGACAGUGGAGGAGACGCUCAUGUUCUCUGCCGAGUUCAGGCUUCCACGCGAGCUCUCUAAAUCGAAGAAGAAAGCUAGAGUUCAAGCUCUGAUCGAACAGUUGGGUCUGACAAACGCUGCCUAUACGGUGAUCGGUGAUGAGGGCCACAGAGGUGUUUCCGGUGGAGAACGCCGUCGUGUUUCCAUUGGAAUCGACAUCAUUCACGACCCGAUCGUAUUGUUUCUCGACGAGCCGACGUCGGGACUCGACUCCACGAGUGCUUUCAUGGUUGUGAACGUCUUGAAGCGCAUCGCUGCGAGCGGCAGCAUCGUUAUCAUGUCCAUUCAUCAGCCCAGCUUCAGAAUCAUCGGCUUACUCGACCGUCUACUCUUCCUGUCACGUGGACAGACCGUGUUUAGUGGCACCCCCGACGAUAUGCCGAAUUUCUUCUCCGAAUUCGGACGCCCGAUUCCACAGAACGAGAACAAAACCGAAUUUGCUCUCGAUUACAUUCAGGAACUGGAGGGAUUGCCCGGGGGAACGAAGAGCUUGGUUGAAUUCCACAAGUCAUGGCAGCAGAAAAUGAAUCACCCAUCGACCUGUGGAUACGAUAGACAGGGUCUCACGCUGAAAGACGCCAUCGCUGCCAGCAUUUCAAGAGGAAAGCUGGUUUCCGGAGCGACGAACGAUGCGAGCGGUACAUCGUCGGUGCCAACGUUCGCUAAUCCAUUCUGGACUGAGGUGGCGGUACUAUCCAAUCGAUCGAUGACGAACGCGAAGCGGAUGCCGGAGCUGGUUGGGGUCCGUUUAGGAGCAGUUUUGGUAACUGGUAUCAUCUUGGCUACCAUAUUCUGGCAUGUAGACAACUCUCCCAAGGGCAUCCAAGAGCGACUGGGAUUCUUCGCCUUCGCCAUGUCGACGACAUUCUACACCUGCGCAGAGGCGAUGCCAGUGUUCCUGCAUGAGCGAUACAUCUUCAUGAGAGAGACAGCUUAUAACGCAUAUCGUCGGUCGUCCUACGUUCUAUCUCAGUCUCUAGUGUCCAUACCUUCUCUGAUAUUGCUGUCAUUGGCGUUCGCGGCGGUAACGUUCUGGACGGUGGGUCUGGCAGGGGGAUGGUCAGGUUUCUUGUUCUAUUUCUUGAUAAUUGUGGCUUCCUUCUGGGCUGGGAACUCGUUUGUGACGUUCCUGUCGGGAGUGAUCACACAGGAGAUGAUGGGGUACACGGUGGUGUUGUCGAUGCUGGCAUACUUCGUGCUCUUCAGUGGCUUCUUCAUCACAAGGGAUCGAAUCCCGGCGUACUGGAUAUGGUACCAUUACAUAUCGCUGGUGAAGUACCCAUUUCAGGGGGUGUUGCAGAACGAAUUCGACGACCCGGCGAAAUGCUUCGUGAAGGGUGUUCAGAUAUUCGACAACACGCCGCUUGGGAUGGUGCCGGAGGCCAUGAAGGUAGGGUUGUUGAAGAAGAUGAGCAGUUCGUUGGGGAUGAACAUCAGCAGCAACACCUGCGUGACGACGGGAGUGGACAUAUUGAGGAUGCAGGGGACUACUGAUCUGAGUAAGUGGAAUUGCUUGUGGGCUACUGUGGCUUGGGGUUUCUUCUUUAGGACUCUGUUUUACUUCACCCUGUUGUUGGGAAGCAAGAAUAAGAGGAAAUGAGAAAUGAAAACAAAAAUAAAAAUCUUUUUUAAUUUCUUGUAAUUAUAUUGUAUUAGCAGCUGGGUUUGGUUUUGUAUUAAGCUACCGCUCGAUACGAUGCUUGUAAUUUUUUCCUAACUCCUUUGUGUUUCUAUAGAAAA